CUGAAAUAUUUCAGUUAGUGUGCAAUGAAUCUAAAAUAUAUGAAUGUUAAAUUUUCAUCAUUACAUUAUGGAAAAUAAUGAACUUUAUCACAAUAUGCUAAUAUUUUGAGAAGGACCUGUACUUGAAAAAUGCAGAACUAACCCACACAUAAAACACAUAACAUAAAACCCCAGAUAAAACAAAGCACCCAUGUGGUGUCUGAAAUCCUCUGAUCUGGGAAGAGUCUGUUACAAAACCAUAAGUUAAUGCUGGGAAGUCAUGAGGUCAGGAAGAAUUUGUGAUGAAAUCUGCUAAGACACUCCACUCAUAAAUCCUCUACUUGGAAAUUAGAUAUGGGCUUUAAACAUUUAGUGAUGUUUUACCCAGAAAUGUGUCAUAGUCAUGUGAAAAAGAUGGACCACCCCAUUAAAUUUUCAGUUCUUCCUAAAUAAAUCUUAAUGCAUCAAAAUCUGUGUUUUAAAAUAUAUUUCUGGACAAGAAAGAAGACUAACUUGUGUUGCUCAGUAAAUAAAAGAGUAAUAAAAGUGUCUCUGCUCUGCUCUCAAUCUAUAUCAUAGCAAUCAGUCUGUUUGAAUUCUGGGAAGAAAAGCUGUACCUCAUAUAAAAUUAUACAUUUAAAUGUAAUUCUACUGUAAUUCCACAUCUCGAAUUUGAUGAUUCGUCUGUGAGAGAACCUUCUCUUUUGUGCUUUAUCUGAAACACGGUCAGAGAGCAUUGUUAGAUCUCUUCAGGGCAGAAACUUGUGUGUACAGAUGCAGUUUGUUAGCUUACCUUGCUUCCUGGAGGGGAGAAAAAAAGCCCUUCCCAGGUCAUUGUAGCUGUGUUGGGCGUUACCUGAAGAAUGUUAUACAAAGAAAGUAUCUGCUGCUGGAGGGGGGUGGCACAGAGGAUUGUACUGUCUGCUUCUCUUUCCUACAGCAAACAUAAACAGCCAGCUGGAGUGGAAACAGCUGCCCUAACCUUCUGUGUUUGAUGGCUGUUAGUGGAAAGGUUUCCUUCCAUACUCCAAAAACAUCAUGUUAGGCUUGUAGGUGAUUCUGCAUUGACCUCAGGAGCAAGUGAGCUGCCUGGUUACAGAAGAGAGAUGUUUGACACUCUGUAUAAGUGGUUCUGGUGGGACAAACUCUGGCUGCCUGCUGAGCUGUCGUGGGCUGACUUGGAAGAUAAGGAAGGCCGGGUCUACGCCAAAGCCUCACAUCUCUAUGUCACAGUACCAUAUGCCUUUGGCUUUUUACUCGUCAGAUACCUGUUUGAAAGGUGGAUAGCAGCACCUCUCGCAAUCUCCGCUGGAAUCAGACAUCGAGUCCAUUUGAGGGUAGAACACAACCCCAUCCUGGAGCUCUUCUACACUACUCACAGUAGAAAUCCACUUCAGGCUGACAUCAAUGGGCUGUCUAAGAAAAGCAGUUUGCCAGUCAGACAAAUUGAACGCUGGUUCCGAAGAAGACGGCAACAGGACCAUCCCGGAGUCCUAAAGAAAUUCAGAGAGGCCAGUUGGAGGUUUGUUUUUUACCUGUCUGCAUCUAUAGGAGGAAUCACAGCACUUUAUGAUAAAGAGUGGCUGUACGACACUAGAGAAGUAUGGACAGGUUAUCCAAAGCAGUCCCUGCUGGAGUCUCAGUACUGGUAUUACAUCCUGGAGAUGAGCUUCUAUGGUUGUCUUCUCUGCAGUGUUGCCUUUGAUGUCAAGAGAAAGGACUUUAAGGAGCAGAUCAUCCACCAUUUGGCCACUCUGGUCCUUCUGUCCUUUUCCUGGUGUGCCAAUUUCAUCCGAAUAGGAACCCUGGUCAUGUUAGUCCAUGAUGCUUCUGACGUUUUCCUGGAGUCUGCCAAAUUAUUUAACUAUGCAAAAUGGGAGAAAACCAGCAAAGGUCUUUUUGUUGUGUUUGCCAUAGUGUUUAUGGUAACACGACUGAUCAUCUUUCCGUUUUGGUUGAUCCACUGUACCUGGGUCUACCCUGUGUACUACUACCCAGCCUUUUUUGGGUACUACUUCUUCAAUGUGAUGCUUGUGGUUCUUCUCUUCCUUCACAUAUUUUGGGCCCACCUCAUCUUCCACAUGUUCAGGAAGUUUUUGUUUGGCACACUAAUAAGAGACGAGAGAAGUGACAUUGAGGAUGAAGAAGGACAAGAGACUAGCCCAACGGAGGCUGAAGAUGUUGAACAACACAAGCCUUUCAAUGGAUCGUCAAGUGAUGCAGCGAAUGAGAAGAAUGGCUGCUUUGGUUUGUCUCCACCAAGGAACACCUGCUUGUCAAAGACUAUGUCAUGAGUUGGGCUGAAUAUAAUCGAUAGUGAACCAAAGGCUUUGCUUAUCAGGCGUCAUAAUGAACAAUGUGGGAAGCAGAGAUUUUUGACUCAUAAUCUGUUUAUUUUAAUAUUUUUUUAAAAGAUUUUUAUAUUAUUACCAGCUGACCUGCAGUGCAACUGGACCAUUUAGAUAUGUUUGGUGAUGUUGUGGAUCAGGGCCAGUUUGCCAGUUCAUAUCCCAUUUGCUAACCACAUAUCAUUUUGUCUCUUCCUAAUUCCAUUUUGUACGCAUGUUGCUCACAGUCCCUCUUAGUGGCGACGUUUGGAAUUGGAACGGCGGUCUCAUGGGUGCAGGCGGCGAUGGCAGGCUCCCGCGGUCGCUGCACAGAUCUAGUUGCACUGAGGUGCGAGGGCCUUCAACGCUCCUUGCAGCUUUAAUUAUUAAUGACAUUGUUCCACUUAUUCAUUAUGUUUACUUUCUAUAUUCUGUUUUAGGUUUGUUCUGUGAGAAACUCAAGUUUAAGCCUUUCUCGGAUGUAUUUUGAUGAUGAAAACCAUUUUUAAUGGAGGGAUGCUAAGAUAUUUUAGAUUAUUCUAAUAAAAAAGCGUUUGUGUGGA